GUCCGACCCAGUUCGACCCGCAACUCUCUCAGUCUGCUUGGGAGAACCAGAAACACCCAGACUGGACCAGAAGACCUCACAACCUUAACGAGCACCCCCACACCCACGAGCCACUCAAAACCUACACCACAAACCACAUCAAUCAAUACCAGCCAUCCUUCAGCGAUUCACUUGAUCAGCACUGAUCACAUCCAUUCAUUUUGUCUUCAAACCGAAGAUCAAAUUUAUCCACUCACCCACAAAACUCCUAACGGGCCGCACCCUCAAGGUUCUCUGUUCUCUCUCGGAUUCCGUUAUUCGGUCGAUUCGACUUCCUGCCGCCGUGGAUUACUAGGUCCUUGAAAUCCAGCCAACCCCAACUCAACGAGAAGAGAUCAACUUGAAGAAAAAAAACGCCAAGAAUCUUAACCAGACGCGAACAGAUACCACCUGCGACGAACGAUCCCAUCAGGAAUCAUGACGAUGUUUAUGUUAUCGUGGUGCCAAAACCCUUCCAUCAUCAUGAUGCACAAGGUCCGACUGUUCUGUCACAUAGGACUAGCAAUCAUGGCCGUCCUCAUGCUCUCGUCUACCUCGGUCAUCCUGGCCUACUCCAUCAAGAUGUAUCAUGGCACUUUCCUGCACUCUAUCCUCGAGAUCCUAAUUGCCAGCGCGGUCAGCUUCAUCAUCGUCGGCCUGGCAUGGCUUCCGAGUAACGAACACUUGGGCUCCUACGGGCUCUCCAGCAUGCGAGCUGUGUGGCAAGAACUCCUCUGGUCAAGUAUACUCACAACAGGAAUAGCAGCGUCAUUGGCUUCCAUGCACGAAUCAACUCCUGGCUUGAUGACCAGCUGCGGCCGUUACUUUAUCUGUCGAGGCUACAUCUUCAUUUUCAUCGUUACGUGGCUCGGAUGGGCCAUGAUCGCCUUGCCGACAAUCCUGUUACUUGUCAGUGCGCUCUACCAAAUGAAACGCUCACCGAUCGGCGGAUCGGUUUGGCAGGUUGACAUCGACCGCUUCGAGUACUUCUGGCCCGGACAGACCCAUCUCAAGAGCAGACGAGUGACGAUGAUCAACGAGCUUCCAAGAGUUCAGCCCGAUCUGGCCGACUUGAAAUCUCACCACGACGGGUUUCCUUUCGAAAACGAGAAACGGGCCACCGGCGCUAGUUUUCAUAACUUCUGAUUGACGGUCCCCCUCAACUUCUCUCUUUCGUUUAUCCUGAAUCGGUCAAGAUCAGUCAAAGCUGACAGCUUUGGAACUUGAGGCUUCUCAUCCCCCCUAAUCAAGGACUCCUGACCGCUCUCUCACUGCAUUCAUUUCCUGUUAUCGUUCAUUUUUUUUUUUUUUUGCUUCCGAUUUUCAAUUUGGUGCUUGGUUUUCAUCAUGUUUUUGUUUAUUCUCCAACCUUUGUUGUUGUUUCUUGCACAACCUGCACGACAUCGUCUCCUCCAUACUCAACGACCUACCCCUUUUCACGAACCAUUUUUUUUUCCCUCUUUCGGGAUCGCUCAUCAAUAUUUUGUUGCUUUGAAUUGGUUUUGAUGCCUUUUUGUUUCAUCAUCGUAUUCAUUCAUCAAUAGGCUCCCAGCCCACUUGUUCCCAAGUUGUUUCUCUUCCUACCGCUGUUUUUUUUUUUCGGAAUCGCCAUUAUCAUUAUAUACGUCAUGAUUCGAAAACCAAAAAUUGCUGCCUGUCAACAGACAGACUUAGCGAAAGGUGGCGGCCAACUCAACCUGUCGCAGUCAGCGAU